GAUUGGUAUCAAUUGGUGUGUUGUGUUGUGGAAUUGUUCUAGAUCAAGAUCAGGAUAAAUCAAGAAUUCAUCUUCAUUUGCCCUUUCCCUUUUCUCUUUUCCCCUUAUGUCAAGUCACUCCCGCUUUGUGAUUGCGUGGCUGAUGCUUGGCCAAUGUCGCUCGUGAAGCCACACGAUAUGACAUCACCAUUUUUUCCUUGUUAUCCUCGUACGACUUACAAUGCAAUUCCAUACCAGCAAUUCUUUUAUGAUGGCUCCCUACCUAGGUAGGGACUCGGGGCAAAUGUAAAAUACCCUUCAAUGUCUUCUUUAUUUCCUUCUUCAUGUUGAUGAUACCCAGUCAAUUUUCCUUCACAAAAUUCAAACAUACAUCACCAAAAUACUUUCAGAACUGUAUGUAAACCUAUCUUGAAAAUAGGUCGGUAUCUUCAAUUCUAUUCCAUAUCAGAACUCUACUUUACUUUGCUUUAUUUGCUGUUUUGUUUGACCAAGAAUCCGCCCGCAUCUACCUCCCUCUCCCCACCCUGCGACCUUUUCACUCGACCUCUAACCAAUUACUUUUUCCCCUCUAAAGAUGUCGACCGAGUCAAAGACAGUUCCUGGAGGUCAUUACUCCGGGGCCAAUCCAAUUCCAAAUAUUCAACGAUUUGUGGAAACUUUAGAUUCCGAGAAGAGAGAUAGGGAUGCAAAGAUUAAUGCGCAGCUGGAUUCACGUACGCAAGCUCAGCCGAAAGAUCAAAAGCAAGGACAACCAAGUGGCAUUGACGGAACAAGGAAAAUCGUGACGGAUCCAACAACUGGAAAGGAUGUGGAAAUUGAGGAUGUCAAUGCAGAUUUCAUGAAGGCGGUGGAUGAUCCACAGGUAUGUUAGUUCCGCGAGUCCUACUCGAUCUUUACAGUUUCGCUGACAUUUAUGAAAUCAGCUUUCCGUGCCAAAUGCGAAUCUCAAUAAGCCGACAACAAGAAAGACAGAAGCAACUCAAUCUGGGGAGGAAUACAGAAAUAAUCAAGAUACUACUGCACCACCAGAACCAGUAGAACCUGGAAGUACUUCCGAUGUACCAAUUCAUGGAGAAAAGACAAACAUUUUAUUUCAUCCUACACCCUCCAUCAGCUAUGAACCAAUGUACAAAUCUCUCGAGAAUCGAACCACGGCACUUGCCGUGGGAAUAUUCUUGGCUAUCGUGGUCUUGGGAAGAUUUUUUGGUGGUGCUUUAUAUGGCCUCAUUCCGCUGGGCGCAUGUGUUGCAUCAGCCGUAUUUCUUUGGAUGAAAGAGGUGAUCAAAUCUGGUCGAGCUAAUGAAUGGGAGAGUGAAAGGCAAAGAGGCCAAAUGGUUGGCAAAUUCUAAUUCACAGUUUAUACUUAGAGCUAACAUUCUUAGGCCACUGCAAAUCUAAUUCCUGAAUCCGUUGAAUGGAUAAAUAGCCUCAUGGGGAUCAUGUGGGGACUUAUUGAUCCCGAUUUAUUUGUCUCUGUUGCAGAUACUCUUGAGGAUGUUAUGCAAGCUUCAGUACCUAGUGUUAUCGAGAAUGUCCGAGUGGCAGAAAUCAAUCAAGGAACAAAUCCUUUUCGAAUCUUAAGUUUACGCUCCCUCCCGGAUGGCCAUGUUCAAGAAAUAAAGGAUGAUAUUCAUCGACAAAAUGAGAAGAAUAAAGAUCCUCAAAAAAUGGCCGCAGAUGAGGAGGGUGGAGAUUAUUACAAUUUGGAAUGCUCAUUUGCCUAUCAUGCUCAACCUUCAGGGGCUGGAGCUUCUGAAAAGUCAAAGAACAUGCAUAUGCAUUUGGUAUUUUAUCUUGGUAUGAAAGGACUUUUCGGGAUGUAAGUUUUAUUUCCACUUAUCUUGUGGCAGCGCUAAUUCAUGUAGCCCUCUCCCAAUCUUUGUUGAACUUCAAGGCCUCGUUGGUACUGUUCGGCUACGUCUCCAACUUUCUCCAGAACCUCCAUUCUUGAAAGCUCUAACAUUUACGUUCAUGGGACUUCCAAAAAUUCAAGCUGGAUGUACGCCAAUGCUGGAAACUGGUAUCAAUAUCCUAAACCUUCCUCUCAUCUCCAAUUUCGUCAAUUACGCUAUUGGUGCCGCCGCGAACGAAUACGUUGCUCCAAAAUCUAUGACUUUAGAUAUGUCUAAAUUGUUAAAGGGUGAUGAUAUUCAAAAGGAUGUUGAAGCACUCGGCGUUCUGUGGAUUCGAAUUCACAGAGCUUCUGGUUUAAGCAAACAAGAUCGUCGUGGGAGUGAUGGGGGUGGAAGUGAUCCUUAUAUCACUGUCAGCUUCUCUAAAUACGGCAAACCAAUGUAUUGUACCCGGGUUAUCCAGGAUGAUCUCAAUCCGGUUUGGGAAGAAACUUGUGCUUUGCUUGUCACUCCUGAUCUCAUAAAAGCAGAUGAACAACUUUCGAUGGAACUUUGGGACUCUGACAGAUCAACUUCGGAUGAUGUUGUUGGUAAGGUCGAACUUUCCAUGCAAAAAAUGAUUCAACAUCCAGGAAAAAUGUAUCCACAAGUUUCUAAACUUCGUGGCAUGGACUCCGAUAGUUCUAUGCCUGGUGAACUUCAUUGGGAAGUUGGAUACUUUGGUAAACCUCAAUUCAGACCGGCAAUGAGAAGUCACGGAAAGGAUAUUAAUCUACCCAAGGAAUUACAAGACAAGGAAGAAUUACAAGACGCUAAAGGAAGCCUUGAUACUUCUGAAGAAGUUGCUGUGGUUCAUACUCCUCCUGAUCCAUUAUGGCCGAGUGGCGUUUGCAGUGUUAUAGUUCACCAAAUUGUUAACCUUGAAUUACAAAAUAUCAAAGGUAGUGAUGGUAAACGAAAGGGUAGAGAAUAUGAACCAGCAGUGGAAUAUGGUGAGAACAAGGAAGAGGAACAUAAAAAAUUACCAAGUAGUUAUUGUACUAUCUUGUACAACGAUGAAUUAGUAUGCAUCAUUUCACCAUACAUAUUUAUCAAUACUAACUCCAUCUCAGGUAUAUAGGACACGGUCAAAGGUUGUUAGUUCAAAGCCUAUUUUCAAUGCAGGCACUGAACGCUUCAUCCGUGAUUGGAGAUCAGCGAUCGUUACCGUUACGGUUAGAGAUCAACGUAUGAGACAACAUGAUCCAAUCCUUGGAGUUGUUCCUUUGAAGUUAUCAGAUCUCUUACAAACAAGUUCUCAAGUUACAAGAUGGUAUCCUCUUGAUGGUGGAAUUGGUUUUGGCCGGAUCAGAAUCUCUGUUCUCUUCCGAAGCGUCGAAACAAGAUUGCCACCGCAACAACUCGGUUGGGAUGUAGGAACUUUUGAAUUUACAUCCGACAAAAUUAUCGCUACUGGUUAUACUGAAAACUCAAAAUUGAAGCUUCGAACCGGUGGAAGUGUUGGGAAAAUCAAUCGUACCCAAUGCCGAAAGUUGGAAGAAGGUGAUGGUGUAUUUUGGGACCUUGCCAAGAAAGAAGGGAAAAAUAGGGUUCGUCUUCCCGUCAAAUACCGUUACCGUUCACCAAUCGUUUUUGAGUUUCACGUUACCGGCAAACGUGGAGCAGACGCUUAUGCAGUAAUUUGGCUUCACAAAUUAGAAGAUAAUAAAGAGGAAGAGAUCAGUAUCCCUAUCUGGAGAACCAAUAACGGUAUGAGACUUACUGAAAACUACAUCACCGAAGAGAAUUUCCGCGAUAUUCCAGAUAUCAAUAUUGAAGAAGUUGGACGACUCAAGUUUUCAGGAAGAUUCAAAGCUGGUAUGGAUGAAGCUCACGAAAAGUUUGUAACUGACAACGACUCUCGAGAAACCCAAGAAACAUGGGAAGCAUGUCAUUCUGAAGGUGUGCGUGAUAAAAUUGUGAGGAAAGAAGUUCCACCAGCUGUUCAACAACUUCAUGAUCAGUCUUUAACUCAAGGAAGAGAUGUUCUCAGUCAAGCUGAUGAAGAUGAAAAGAAGAAAUGGUUAGAUCAAGACGGUAACGACUGGAGUGGAGCUUUUGGUCAGGAUCCUGCGCAGUACGUAGAUAAGAGUGGUUACGGACAAAAGUAUCAGGAUGCUGAUUAUGAGGCUAGCAUGGUUCGUAAACCACAAGGACCCAGUGGAUGUGUUGAAGCAAAUCUUAAUGAAGAUAUGAGCGAAAAAACCAGUACUGCAUCUUCAGAUUCCGAAGAUUCUGAUGCAGAAUCCGAUCUCGGUUUGAACGAUGCUACAACUGGACCAACAAACGAAACUGCAGACCAGGACAGGAAUAAUGGAUCGAAUCAUUCGAACAAUCCGGUAAAACAGUAUCAAAAUUAUAAGGAGAGUUCAAAAGGUCUGCAUAGGAAACAAAGGGGUUUGAUGCAAUGGAAGCCGAUGAGAAAUUUGGCCUUUGCAAAAGAUGAGGUGAAAUUUGCGGCGAGAAGAAUAAAAAAUAAGACGAGUUUGGGUGGUAGGCAACCGGAUGUUGAGACGGAGACUGGAUAGGAGGUUACAGGGAUUAUUUUUUGCGAGAAUCAUGGAUGGUGUGUAUGGAAAAUGGUUUGGCAAAAUUAAACAAUUGGGAUUUAUUUCGGGUGGCUGUUGUGUACUGUAUCUUGGUGGUAUGUAUAGGCGUUUUUAGUAAUAUCAUGAAUGGGAAUGAGAGAAUGAUUUUUAAAUACAAUAUAUAUAUUUUAAGAUUAUAAAAAGGAAAAAAUAUGACUAUUUAAUUAUUUCAAUUAUAAUAAGAUUAUUAAAAGCU